GGUUCAUCAGUCAUGGCACUAAGGGCCUUGAAAUUUGCCUCAUUGACAGCAGCUGCUUCUGGCAUCUAUCUGUAUGGAAACAGGUUCCUGGAUCCUAAUGAUUUUGGAGUUGUUCGUGUGGGCCGAGCCAUUGCCACAACAGCAGUUAUCACCUAUGACUACCUCACCUCUCUUCGGAGUGUCCCGUACGGAUCAGAGGAGUAUGAGUUCCUCAAAUCACAGGUGCAUCUGCGCUCUGCUGAGCGCCUCCGGGAGCUGUGCUGCUCCAACCGAGGCACCUUCAUCAAGGUGGGACAGCACCUGGGAGCGCUGGACUACCUCCUGCCCGAGGAGUACACCCGCACCCUCAAGGUGCUGCACAGCCAGGCCCCACAGAGCACCAGGCAGGAGAUUGAGCAAGUUAUCCGGGAGGAUCUGGGCAAAGAGAUAAAAGAGCUCUUUGUCAGUUUUGAGGACACUCCCUUGGGAGCAGCAUCACUAGCCCAGGUACACAAAGCAGUGCUGCAGGAUGGGAGAACGGUGGCAGUGAAAAUCCAGCACCCCAAGGUCCAAGCUCAGAGCUCCAAGGAUAUUUUGCUCAUGGAGAUUCUCCUCUUGGUUGUGAAGCAGAUUUUUCCAGAUUUUGAGUUCAUGUGGCUGGUGGAAGAAGCUAAGAAGAAUCUGCCCUUGGAGCUGGAUUUCCUCCAUGAAGGCAGAAAUGCUGAGAAGGUUGCUCAUAUGCUCAAAAAUUUUGACUUCCUGAAGGUCCCUAGGAUCUACUGGGAGCUCUCCACAAGCCGUGUCCUUCUCAUGGAGUUUAUGGAAGGGGGACAAGUGAAUGACAGGGCCUAUAUGGAGAGGAAUGGCAUCAAUGUCAAUGAGAUCUCUCGCAACUUGGGGAAGCUCUACAGUGAAAUGAUCUUUGUGAAUGGCUUUGUGCACUGUGACCCACACCCAGGCAAUGUGCUAGUGAAGAAGUGCCCAGUCUCUGGCAAAGCUCACAUUAUCCUCCUGGAUCAUGGGCUCUACCAGGUGCUGAGCGAGUCAUUCCGCAUGGACUACUGCCGCCUUUGGCAGGCCCUCAUCAAGGCCGAUAUGAAGAGGGUGCAGAAGUACAGCCGGCGGCUUGGGGCAGGGGAUUUGUAUCCUCUCUUUGCCUGCAUGCUGACUGCCAGAUCUUGGGAAUCUGUCAACAGGGGCAUUGACCAGUCACCAGUCUCUGCCAGCGAGGACAUGGAGAUCCGGUCCAACGCUGCUGCUUACUUGCCCCAGAUCACCCAGCUCCUCAACAACGUUCCCCGCCAGAUGCUGCUGCUGCUGAAGACCAACGACUUGUUAAGGGGGAUUGAGUCAGCCCUGCACACGCGGGCCAGUGCCAGCUCCUUCCUCAACAUGUCUCGCUGCUGCAUCAGAGCUGUUUCCACGUACCAGAGGAGCAAGAGUCACUCGCUUUACAGGAGGGCCCAGAUCUCACUCACAGAAGCCCUAAGCCUGUGGCAGAUCAACUUAUAUGAACUCUUUCUGUGGCUGAAGGGGUCCCAGCUGGGGAACUGGGUCAUUGCUCUCCUGAGACGGAUGCAACAUUUCACAUACUGACAUGAACUGGUGGGAGAGGCCUGGGUGCUCCCUCCCUCCCUUCUGCUCUCCAUGGCACAUUUGUCUUUCUGACUAUUUCUGUCUAUUUUUGGGUCUUACUCCACAUUACACACUGCACUGUCCUUUUCUUUUACAGCAUUAGCUUCCUCUGUGGCACAGAGAGGUUGAGUUGGUACCAGAGCCCUAUUGUUUUGUGGUUUAGGAAAAGUAGGUGCAUGAUACCUUGUGCCAGGAAAGACAGGUAAGGAUACCUUCUUUCCUCAUUUGUGCAAGUUAAGUUCCACUCAGAUUCUAGUGGGAUUGUGCUGGAAGCAAAUGCCUCUUUGACUCUUUCUUAAACAAUCUUAAAGAAUUUAAGAGAAUCCCAGCCCUACCUAGAAUGCCCCAAAACAUUUCUCAGACCCUCAGAGGUGGUAAGUCCCUUUAAAAUGCAAUAGGGUUUAUAUUAGUUUGUGCAAUCUCCUUAGUCUGAUUUCUGUUUAGGUGUGCAGAAGGUUUCUCAGAGGAGUGAGACCUUGUGGAAAGCUGUCACUAGGGUUUUCUUUUCUAGCUCCAGGGAAAGAGGACUCAAAUGGUGAGAGUGGUGGACUGGGAGUCCAAGUUUCUAAGGUUCCUCUCCAGUCCUGUCAGCAAGUGCCUCUGUUUUUGGACUUCUCCUGGCCUGUUUCUUUGCAGGUGAAAUGGGAGAAGGGGACAGUGAUCUUGCCCCUCUUCGGAAAUUCCAGGAAGGCAGUAGGAAUGACAGCUCAGUGCUCUAAACUGCUGGUAAUGUAUAUGUACUGUACAAUACUUCCACACGACAAAAUAAAUGUGUUGUAUCGAAGACCUUUGGGGGAGGGAUGCUUGGCUGUGCACUAGAGUUAUGUUUGGGUCUCUAACCUAAGUCCCGUUUCCAUUUCUCCACAAGGGAGUGAUGCCAGGCAGUGCCGGCAACUCCUUGUAAGCAAAAUGUCCACUUGGUCUUUUCUCUGUCCAAGAAGUUUGUGCCGCAUCUGAGUCCUCUGGCACUGCAUCACAUGUGUGUUGGGGUGGAAUGCAGGAGCAUUUCUGCUGGGAGGACACCUCAAACCCUUCCCAGAUCCACACUGAGCCUGCCUGCUCCCUGCCUGUGGGAGUGCACUGCAGCACAUCUGUGAGAUGUCACCAUUCCCAUGGCACAGUGAGCAUUUCACCUUGUCACUGCCUGUGACGUUUUACUGCUCUGGCCCAGACAAAAACCUGCCAUUUGCUCAGUGGUGCAAGUGACAUGUCUGAUGGCUUUGAUUCUGCAGUUUUUUCUACAGGAAGUCUCACUUAGAUGUCUGCUUUAUGUGAGAUGUAAUUGAGAUACUGGGAUACAGCUCUGCUGCUUGUAAGAAUUCCUUUAGCCAGGAAAGGUGGAUGGAGGUGGCUGCUUACAUCAUCUCAGCUUUUCUCAAACUAUCUUGGUGAAAGGGGAUGUGAAGGACAGGAUGGGAAUGUUCAUGUACUGUCAGAAAGCUUGCUAAACUGAGGGUUACACCAAACUGUCUGAGAGCAAGCCACAAGAAGGCCAUUCACUCUCCCAGUUUCCAUACAAUUUUCCAACUUGCACAGGUGUGAGACCCCACCUUGAAGUGAGUUUAUUUGCUUGGGAAGGGGAGCAGGGGACAGAGUGCAGGUAAGUGUGUGUGUGUGUGCGUGUGUGUGAGUCCCUGGCAAAUCAAUCAUCUUGGUGGCUGUGCAGGAAAGGGAAGGAAAGUAAUCCAGAAAAGGUACCUGGCUGCUGGUGGGCUUGGGCAUGUGGGUUAGGGGCUGCAGAUGUGCAGACAGUGGCUGUGGACAUGCACAAGCAUGUAGGCAGAACUGGCCGGCUCAGGACUGCCAAGAAGUGGUGUGUGAUUGGCAGGGUUCUAGACAAGGUAUUGCUGAAUGUGGGUUUUAGGUCUCUUUGGGUAGUCAGUCACCUGAUCCUGGCAUUAGCUCUCUGAGCCCUUCCUGCUUUGGGGGCGGCAGCAGGAGUGAUGUGCUCUCUGAUCUUUGCUAAGAUCAAAAGAGAAACCCAGUGUGACCAAAUGUCCUUGCAAAGCUCGUCUCCAACCCCUGCAAUGACAGGUCAGAGAUCCCCUUGACUUCUGGGUGAUAUCAUGGCAUCAGGGAAUGGAGUGGUGGUAAUUGCAGGAUGAGACUCCUGAGUUGACAAAGAGUCACUGGGGCCCUGGAAUACUGAUGCUGCAGCCUGUACAUGACUAAUCUUGGCUCAUGUGAGCAGUCUGGCUGAAUCUGUGCCUUGCUCAGGUACUUACAGCUGGUAGGCUGGCCAGCAUGGGUGGACCUGACUUGUUCUUAUCACAAGUAGAGCUCCUUUCAGAAAGCUGGCCUGGUGUGCCUUGUUGAAGUCCCAGAAACCCUCUAGUAAUGGUCACCAAUUUCACAGCCUCACCUUGUAGCUGCCUCUGCAAAUGCCUUUGCCUGUUCGUGGCUGGAUAUACUGACCAGAGCACUGUUUGGGUUUUGCAUCUGUCGGUAAAGCUCAUCCCACAUUUAGGCCCUCAUUUCUAGAGGAUCCCAUGUUGUGGAGAGGCUCCCUGUAGCUGUCAUUUACAUUGGCUGUCAAGAUCACAGCUGCCCUCAGCCAUGCAUGUUCUUUCACUCUUCAAAAUCCCACCACAUGACUGCUAGUUCUGCUACCUGAGGAGAGUCCUGACUCUAAAAGUGGUAGGGAACCAGCAGCCCCUCAGACUGUUUCUGGCUUUGUGCAGCAGGCAGAGAACAGGGUAUAUUUGGCAGGGCUUUGUCUGUUGUAAUUAGUCUCUGCUGGGAAGCUCUGCGUUGCAAUGUUAGCAGAGGGACUCCUCCAUCAGUUGUGCUCAGCUCUCACUCUUCCCACAGUCAGUCAAUGAAGGUUUGUCUUAAGAAAGAACAAGCAAACACAUGGUGUUCGACCCUGUAACAUUCCUGCCUUGUCUUUUUGCUGAAAGCUCUCAGAGGUGAAUGUGUUAACAGGAUUUUGAAAAGACACUUUCUCAUCCCAAUUUGCAGUUGCCAAACAUGAGUAACCUGGACCAGGUCUGUACAUGUGGCCCCUCGUUCCCACCUGCAUUUAAUGGUGUUUUCACCACCAGCAAACACAGAUUCUGCUGCUUUGCUUACAGGCAGCACAUGGGCUGCUGUCUGCCCAGCUUCAGCUAUGAGUGAACUGAAGUUUGGUGCAGACCCUAAAUGUUAGCCUUGCAGCUCACCCACUCUUCCUCAGGACUAACAUGGGGGUUAGAGCUGUGGCCAGAGGUGCAAAACUGAUGGGCAUCUUUCAGCUCCUGCAAUAUGAAGUAUUUUGUUGUAGCCUUAUGGCAUCACCAAUCCUGAUGCUGUCAGUGCUCUCAGAUGUGUUGGGAAACCAGUAGAUAUUUAAUCUGGCAUUUAGAUGUGCCAUCAUUACAUCUGCUGGAGGUGGAAAAUGGGGCAGUCAGGGAAAACGAAGUUGCUGUGCAAAACUUCCAAGAAUCUCGCGUAUGAAGCGAACGUGCUUUUGCACAUCCAGCUGAAGGAAAGCAAGAGAGAGCAUUAGUCCAGGCUGGGCAGCAUAGCCUUUGCCUAGCCCAUCUAGUGAAUGCUAAUGAUGACAGGUGGGUGGCAUUUAGAUUUGCAGAUCAAGGCAGCAUGGUGCUGUCUGCCAUCUUGCAGAGGUGUACAAACCUCAUGCAGUUGCAGUGUAGAAGCUUCAGAAUUAUUCACAUGCUGCUUCCCACAGCAUAUGUCUUAUGAACUGUGACUUGAGUGCAGCUUGGCCAGUGUCAAAGUCAUUCCCAAUGACUCCCUCUUCCAGAGCAUCACUUGGCAGGGCUCUUCCCCCACCUCCACUGUGCAUCCCUGCAUCCCCCUCUACUAUUCCAUCUGCCCCUGUACCCUGCAUCCAGAGGGGUGUGGGCAGCCUGCUGGGUCCUGGAGCAUGCAAGAAGCUGUCACACACAGUGGGCUGGGCCACAAUGCCCAGCAUUCAGAUGGGAGCAGAGAGAGGGAUGAAAAAAGGAAAGGAGAGGGAAGGGAAAGGGAAGGACUGGCUGUCAAUCAGCCCCGCUGAGGUGCCUGCAGGAUGUGGGUCAUCCUUCUUCCUACGCCAUCUGCUCAGGUGCUGGCCAGGACUGUAAAAGACCUGGACAGUAAGAGUCUGUAAUUUAAUUAAUUAAUUAUCUGCCUGAGAAAAAUUACCAUUUUCAAAAAUCAUACAGGUGAUGGUGACAUACCUCACAUGUUACUCUAUGAGGUACCACUAGAACUAGGAAAACCUACUAGUGGACUAGCAGCCCUGCAGGAAGGGGUUACAGGGGACCCCAUGUGGACACGAACUGACAGUGGAAAUCAUGUCCAGGGCUAAUUGUUCUCCUCUUCUGCUUGGUGCUACUGAGUCCACACCUGAAACUAUGUCCUCUUUGUUCUCUCGGUUGAAGACAGAUGUUGGAGAACUGUAUUUGGUCUGCUGGAGGGCACAUGACAUGGUCAGGACCUAUUCCUAUAGCCUAUAAGGGAGAUGGACUUGUUCAAUCCUGGAAGGAAGAAGUAAAGGGAUGAACUGAUAAUGGCUGGAGGCUCUGAAAGAGCCAAUCUUCUGGCAGUACCAAUGAGUAAACAAGGGCUGAUGGCCACAAGUCAGAGUUUGCAAAGUUACCAAUGAACUUCACCAGGAGGAUGGUGCAAAGCCAGGACAUCUCACCCAGAAAGGGUCUCCAUCCUGGCUGGCCAGCAGAGUGGCUCAGCUGGUCUGCUGGCUGGAGUCUCCCUCAGGGCAGAAGAGGAGUGAGAUGCCCAGUGGGCCCUCCCAGCCAGCCUGUUGGUGAAGCCAUGGCGUGGAGCUGGCUCACAUGGCCAUUGAGUCAGUGCUGUGGGAUGAGGUUGGAUCUGAGUUUCAGCUUUUUCAGCUCUCCUUCUGUGUCACUGUCUGUGCUCAGACAUGAGAUAACAUCCCUGACCAGGUCUUGUCUUUGCUUUGAAGUCCAGGCUUACCAACUGGUUUUGUUUGGUUCAGUUGUGGAGCUGUGGGUGAGCGAAUGCCAGCCUACAUUACUUGCCUUGCAGUUUUUAUCAGCCAGCUGCCUCUUGUGUCCUUCUUUCCUGGGCAAAACCUGCAUGUCCAGUGCCUUCUGGAAGGCAGUGGGUGCCUUCACAGGACCCUGUUGUCGCUAAUGCAGGCUUUAAAUAGAGUUUAAACCCGGAGGGAGUAAAUUAUAUGCACAUCCAGCAGAAGGCUUACUGAGUGGGAAGGAUGCUCAGUGUUCUCUGUAUGAUGGUAAUCAGGUCCCAUCAAGACAGUUUGAAGUUUCCCUGACAGGUAUUUGAAGCUACACCUGUUGGGGUAGUGAUCAGUGCCUCUGUUCCCUGCAGGGAACAUGGCUGUGUGUCCAUCCACAGCAGUGCCUGAGGGAGCCCUGGGCAGGACAUUGACCAUACUCUUAUCCACACACCUUCUGCUGACCCUGUGCAGCUCAUGGUGACCUUGUCAAAUGCUACCAACCUUUUUGGGCUGACUUGUGUGACCCAGAGAGCAUAAUUCUGUGCCAUUCUCCAUGUCACUCCAGAUCAGCCACGAUAUCAGAACUCUGGAUGCUCUGUGCACAGCUUCCCUUUUGAGCUGCUUACUGUAACCAGGUACUCAUGACUUCUGGUGGUCUGGUAAAGACUGUUCACCUAGACUGCAUGAACAGUCGAGUAGGGAGGAGGCAUGGCAUUUUACUAUUCUAUUGUUUUGUUUUACUUUUUUUUUAUUUCCAUUUGAUUCAGAGUCUUAUUUGCUGAGGCUACUUUUCCAUACUCUGAUACACAUGAGUAUAAAAAACACUCAUAAGGUCUCUUCCUGUAACUGAAGCUCUGCUAAGAAGGUCACAGGACUUGGGCCUGACCUAGCAGGACAAGUCUUCAUGUAAAAUGCACAUUAGCUGGUGGUGGUUUGCAGGCUUGCAGCUUCAGGCUCAGCACUGAUGUACACAAGCAAGCAUCUCCUCAGGGUGGCUGUACCAUGAGCCCUUUCUCUCCUUUCAACCCUCAGCCUAGCAGUACAUCUAGCUUCAAUAAAGCAAAGAUGGAAGAGGUUACUAAAUGGUAGCUAAUAAAUAAAGUGACAUGCAUGAAGCCUGGUAAUACCAUAUUGCUCUUCAUGAAAAUGUGGCAAAAACAAAAGUCAUGGGGGGGCAUUGUUAUUGCUGCCUUGUACUUCACCAAGGCCAUCAUGCUGAUAAGGCUAAAAGGAAAACUUGGCAAUAUGAGAUGCAUACAUCACAGGGCAGUGAGUCCCAUGGCAGCCUGCGCUGCACCCAGUAUGUGCUGGGACUGCAGUAGCUUCUCUGUGUCAUCAGUUUAACUGGAGCAGGGCAAGCCUGUAACUGUAGUAUCUGUGAGCAAAAGGUCAGUAGGCAAAUAGCUGUUCUGCAACAGCUGGUUUGGAGACCUAAGCAAUGAGGUGAUGCGAACUGAGGACUUUACUUUGGGGUAUCAAUGAGCCUAAAGCACAUUGGUGUGGACUGGGGAGAGCAGCAGAGGAAGACAAAGGGAGGAACACAUACAGAUGUGGUGCAGGAGUCAGCUAAGUGUGGUAUCGCUGAUGACUUUGCACAACAGGCUGAACAGUCAAUUUUAGGGGAGAAGAGUCUUACCCUGGAAAAACCAUACUUGGCUGUUCAAUUAUGUUCCCAGGGAAUGAGAGUUCCUGAAGCUAGUGAAUGUGAUGGAGAGCUGCUCAGGCUGUGUCAGGUUGCCUUUGCAGCCCUUGCUGGCUGAGGGCUGUUUCCUGCAGUUUGCUCUUCAGUCUUCAUCCUGUCCAGGUUAUGUGGUUGAUGGAACUCCUUCAUUUUUGAGACUGCUCCAUAGUCUUACUCAAGGGAGCUGUGUCCAAGGUCUUCUUCCCAUGGUUUCCUUUGGUUGCUGUGUUUGCUGUCUCUGCCAGGCAGUGGCUGCACAAAAAAUGGAUCCUGUAGAGGUGUCUCCAUGGGAGGGGUACAGGGUUGCAAAGCUGCUUGGGUGCUCCUGUGACAUGGGCAUUGGCAGCACCCAAAUUUUGCUAUGGGAGCAGGUGCUCCUAUGGCCCCUACCCUGGAGCCUUCUGCAAAAUCUGGGCUGGGGAGUCCUACCCUGAUGACAUGGAUGGCUCUGGGUGCACUGCAUAAGCUCUCUCCACAGCCUGUCUUCUGCUGGGAGUGGGGAAGGAUUAUUUGCCAUACUGUGCUGUGGGGGAAAAAAAUCACAACUACAUGAGUAGCACAGAGCUGCCUGGUACCACUGCAGUUGCCUUCUUCACUGGCUCAGGGGCCUGCAGAUGUCAGAGUAUGGCUGCUGAAAUGAAAUGCUCUUAAACCUGGGACAUAAAUCAUGGGCACAGUGCUGUGUGAAGGCUGCCCCUGGCAUUUAGCUUGGCCUUGUUGCAUCAGUGCCAUAGCAGGGAUGGUCUUUUGCACAGAGAUCCUGCUGGGCUGGGUCAUGAUCUGUGUCUGUGCAAAUGCAUCUAUGGCAGUGGUGGCUCAGCAGAGCCAGACACAGCUCUCUGCCUUUUUCCCUUUCUUGUUGCUUUCCCUCUGGGCUGAGCUCCCAUGCUGCCUUGCCUUAGCUGCAGCCAGCGCAGUCUCUGGCCACUGGGGGAGGUUUCAGAAGAAGAUGGAGCACCCCCUGGGAGAGAGGUGCUUUGUAUUGCAGUGGCACACCUUGGCAGAGCACAAGAAAGAUGUAAAAAAAAAAGCCUUGGGAAUAGCCCAAAGCAAACUGCUGUCAGGCAGUGGCACAGUGGUGUCAUGUGACACCAGGGUGACUCCCAGCUUACACCAGGAUGAUUCGCAGGCCCCUCCAGGACAUUGCCAGGGCAUGAGUGUUGGCAGGGAGCACAAUAUGACCAAGUUGCCUUCUGACCUCUCAAUUGAGGCAUGGGGAUGGGGUAGCAAAGGUAGGGGAAUAGGGAGAGAGGCUGACCAAACUGCCCUGCUCUGGAAAUCAGCAACACUUUUGUCUCCUUCAGGGCUGCUGGUCAUGAAAACUAACAAUGUAACAAAUGCCAAGUGUUGGGGCUAUCUCUGGACAGCUCAGGCCAUAUUGUUUACUCACACUCCCCACCCCUCACAUAUCCCUAUAUCCCCUGUUAUUGUCUUGCUGCUUUUCUCACAAGCUCCCAUCAGGCCAGCAGUGUCACAUCUGCAGCAGACACAGGGACCCAUUGCCAUCCACACAGCCUUGGGCCCCUCACAGGUACCUGCCAGGAUGGGACACACCAUGACCCACUGGAGCCAGCCUCACGGAGGCUCUCUCCAACUGGCCUCUGUCUCAGAGCGGAACAUGUAACACUGAUUCCUUCAGGGAAAAAUCUACAUCACAGGUCUGUCAGACUGACAUUAGAAUCCCAAUAUGAUACUUGUUUGUCCUGUGGUGGUGAGACUUGUUUUUUAUUGCUUUUCAGACUGUGAUGUGCAGUAACUUCCAGACUCCUUUUUGUAGAAUUGCCACCUGGACAGCUGUUCUUUUUUCUGUAUUAAUAAAGUCGAUUAUUUCUGCUUAAGUCCAAUUACAUGUAUAUGUCCUGGUUGAAUUUUAUCUUGUGUUCUCAGAUCAUUUGUCCAAUUUGAUGUGAUUAUCUGGUAUUCUAUUUCUGUCCUCUGGUGUAUUCAGUCCCACUCAGCUUGAUGUCAUUAGAAGAUUUAAUAAGUAUAAGUAUAUACUCUUUUUUCCAUUAUCCAAGUCAUUAAUGGAAACACUGACUAGUGCUGGACCCUCCAAUGAAUACCUGUAAGAUCCACUCAAUACACCUUUCAUUUGGCAAGGUAUUAAUGAUAACUAUUUUAAAGAAAUGUUUUUCUAACUGAAUGUUAUUAUCCCUCAGUACAUUUUCCUAGACAAUCUUCUCUUGAAUGUCUUGAGUCGCAUGUCAAAAUGUUGAGACAUUGCACUUGCUGCCUCCCAAGCCCUGUUACUCUGUUGGAAGGGGAGACUAGAUCUCUGUGACUAGAGAUCCUCAUUGGUUCUUAUGCUGCUCUUUAGGGAUAAUUUAGGUUCAAGGUGCUUCUGUUCAAAGGAUACAGUUCAGCACUUUAAACUAAUGGCUGUCAGCAGCUUCAUGUGUACUCAUAAAAUCCACUUCAUACUUGGAGGUGGUUACCUACUACUAGUGGUAUUUAUACUGAAGUGAAGGCUGAGUCCCAGAAAACUGAUGAUUGGUCACAUAAAGAAGGUUGAAACUAAGAACUGACCCAAGGAAACUUGCUCCUAGAUCCUGGUCCAAGAACGUAACUCAAGUAAGCCAGGUUACAAUGGGCAGCACAAUCCUGCAGCAGCAUCAGUAGCUUUCCUCAGAGAUGCAGGCACCAAGCAGGGCUGGCUAUGACAACCGAGCCCCCUGAGGCUGUGGAUGCUCCCAGCUUGGGUCUUCAGCUGGGGUUGGCACCGGGCUGCCUAACAGGCACCAUGCUGGGGCAGUGCUUAAAAGAAACAGAGCAAGCAUAGUCCCACGUUCCCUAAAGAAAUAACUUGUGUCCUAAUCCAGGAGUGAGGAUGGAUUGUGUGUCCCAGUUGCUCAGAGGUGUCCUGGGAUGAGGGUUUGGGCAGGCACCUUGCUCCAGGCAUGUCCCUUUUCCUUGUGCACAUCCUGCUGCUGUCUUUGGUGCUUGUGGUCCCAUUCACUAUGCCUUGUUUAAGGGGAAUGAAGGCACUUUCUCCCAGCCUCAGGUGAGGAGUGGCACUGGUAUCCUGCCUGCUGGCUCUCUGGGCUGAGCUGGGUGCACUGCCAAGCGCCUCAGCUACACAUUAACUGGACUCUGUUCCUCAACAUGUUCUGCAAACGGGCAUUUAAAUGCUCUGUGUUCAGCAGACAACUGUCAGGGAAUAUCAAAUUCCAAUUGUCUGCCUCUCUUGUUGCUUGGAUAAUUGGAUGGUAAAAAGAAGAAUACUGAUUCCCCCACCACAGCAAUGGGUAAUACCAUCUAGGUAUUUUUAGCAAGCAAAUGUGCCAAAAUUUAGAAGCUACUAAAUAUAGAAAGUCUCUGUCAUUUUUCUCCUUUUUUUUUGGGUCUUUUCUUGAAAUCUCCCAUGUACUUUGGAAAGAAAUGAAGCAAUCAACAGCAAUACACAUUUUUUCCCAGAGUGGGGAAAAUUUUUUGUUCUGACCCAUUAAUUCCCAGCUGUAUUCCAACAUCAUACUGAGUGAUGUUAGCAUUACUGAAGGGACUCUUUCUAAAGUUCUAAAAUUAAAGUUUUUAGUUUCUCAGCUCUGCCAAGGAAAUACUCACCUGCCACAGCACUGUGCUGUGAAUGGGUGAGAACUGGAUGAAAAACUCAGGAGAAAGGGAAGAAAACCAGUAAAAAUCACAGCAACCAACAUGUUGAAUGCUCUCUUAGUCAUUCUGGGGUUUGCCCUCUUUCUGCCUGUUCCUUGUCCAUAUUCAUUUUUAAAGCCCUGAUGCUGAAGUCAAGUCUACAUGUAUAUGUGUUAGAUCAAGGGGCACAGACUGGAGCUUUUCAGGGCAUUAACCCCUAAUUAUCUGCUUGAAAAAAAUCAUAUUACACUUCUAGAAAUAAUUUUAAAAAUAAGGGCUGAUCCAAAUCUGUAAUAAAAUGGUAUGACUCAUCAAAAUGUCAUCAAAUUACAUUAAAAUUGCUUCUUGAAGUGACUUUAGGCCCAAUAAAUAUACUGUAAGGUGUAGAUGCUACUGGAGCAUGUAAGAGUGUCAGCAGAAUUGGGAUGCAUGUUUGCUGGUACAGUAGGCCAAGUGACCAGAGUGGAUCUAGUUUGCUUGUGGCUUAUGCUGUUAGAAAUUGAGAGUUAAGUAGAAAACAGGUGUUCUGCUAUAAAAGGGAGAGCAUCUGACCCUGCAUCCCAAAGACCUGCUUCCACAUGACUUCUGUUUUUUUUCUUAGAUGUUUCUGAUGUUGACAUGUUGCUUAAUUUAGCCAGAGCCCUUAAGGCAAGGCUGGGGAAUGGUAUUUGAAAAGCAUAAAGGUUGCUCUUUUUGGAGCUACCUGCUUGUAGAAAAGGAAUAUCUAGAGGUGCUUAAACAGAACAUGAUUUCCCAGCUUGCUAGAGAAGUUGGAGCUGGAUUCAGCCUUGCUUCCCUUUUGUCCUGAAAAUAUCUUCCCAGAUGGGCAUAGGCCUAGCAGCAGAAAUCACAAGAUUACACUGGGAAAAGUGGAAAGCAGCAAAGCCUUCUGUCCCUCUCUGGUGUGCAGCAGCCUGGCCACACACAGCCUCUUGGGCCAUACUUCUGCCACAGUUUCUUGGUGCAAUCCAAGUCAGUGCAAGGCCCUGCUGCCUGGGAAGAUCUACACAGCACUCUGUACAGAUCCUCUGUAGGAUGUAGCAAUCCUCUAGCAGUGUGUGUGGGGACUCAGACUUGCAGGGCAGGGAGAGUUUCUUUAAAGAUGAUUGCUGAGCACUUGGGUUUACACUUGUUCUUAGCAGGAUCAGCUCACUGCCAUCUCUGAUGUACACCUCAGAGAAGGGGACAUCUCCAGGGCAUGAGCUCAAAAUUAGAAGGUGAGCAAGUAUGAGCACGCAUGGGGCAUGGGGAUCCAGCUUACUCAAUUUCUUGUGGUUUUGUACAAUUGCUGGCUGAAAAGAUAUUUUUCAGAGUUAGAGUUUGAACUUCGUGACGCAUUCAGCAAAGCACUCUUCUGUAUGAGUUCUCUGCUGGUAUUGAAUUCACAUUUCACAUCUCUUAAUAGAAAUUUGGUUUCUCUUCUGUUGUUGGUUUGCCUGUUUUCAUGAGUCUUCUCAGAUAGAGAUGUACCCAUGUCAUAGAUUUAGCUGAAAUUUGUCCACAAAUUGAAAAGCUCUGGGGAGGUGGGGGAGGCAGGAGGAAUGGCAUGCUGCUGCAGGUACACACAGUGUCUAUGUGUGAACCAGCCUCCCUACAAGCAGCCUGGUGCAUUUAGCAGCAAGUCCCAAGCAGGCUCUUCCUCACUCUUGCUGUUAGUACCCAGAAGGUUCUUACAGCCUGCCUGCUUGGAAAGCCUUGGGGACAGAAUCUUCUUCCUUUCAUGCAACUCUUUCAGGAACUCCUGUCUUGACAUACUUCCACAACCUCCACAUACCCCUUUCCCUAGCCAGAGUUCUCUGCCCUUCCCCUCAUUGCUUUCAUCUCUCUCUUCAAAAAACCCUUGUUCUUCUUUCCCUCUCUGCCUCUCUUGCCACUCUUCCACCCCUCUUACAAAAAGCUGCCUUGAGGAACAGCAGAGAGAGUUAAAUCUGCAAGGUCUCAUGGCUGGGGAAGCUUUGGUGGCCUCAUGCAUGGUAAAGUGCCUUUUUGGCAUGCAGAGCUGUGAGAAACCAUCGUCUCCCUAUUCCCUCCUCGGGCUCUGUGCCAGUGGGCGAGCAUUUGCAAAGCAAAAUUACAGAGCUCUCUGGGUAAUGAUGUGCCCGUUCGUUCUGUACAGCAGGUGGCUGGAGGCUGAAUCCACGCCACUCCCUCCCAGCUCAGUUCCCAUGCACACUGGGAAGAGAUGGCAAUUCCUCCCUUACAGCUGCUCCCAGGAAGAGGCCAGGGGAGUCACCCUCCCAGCAGAAGGAUGCCAUGGGGGAGAAUCUCUUUCUGCAAGGAGCCACAGUGGGCUCUGACCAGAAAGGCUGGAUUCAAAUGCCAGGCUUGUGCAUGGGCAGAGAGGAGAUGGCAUCUUUACUCUGAUCAUACAACGUGGCAGUGCAAGGGACCAGCACCAUCUCCCAACCUGCCAAUUCUCCUCAGGGCAUCAGGGUCAGAUGCAUCAGGCAUGUCCCUUCUAAAACCUCUGUUCCUCUGUCUAAAAAACUCUGAUCCUGUGAGUCAUAGACUGGCUUCAGGGACCCACCAAACUGCUGUCAUGGGGAGGAGUUGGGAGGCUAUUUCAACCUUCCUGCAAAGCUCUGGGAUAGCCCACGGUGCUCACUUCUGAUCCCAACUGCUCACCCUCUUGCAUUAAGCCAGGAUGGAUAAGGCCUUGAGCAACCUGGUCUAGUGGGAGGCAUCCCUGCCCAUGGCAGGGGGAAGUUGGGACUAGAUGAUAAUUAAGGUCCAUUUCAUCCCCUUAACAUUCUAUGGUUUAUCUGUAUUUCUCCUUUGCCAUAUGCUUACUCAAAGAAAGCUAAGCAGGUCUGUACAGAGUCCACAAGGCUACCAGCGAACAGGCUAAUCCUGACUGUGAUACAUCUAUGUGAUUUUCCCCUCGUCCCUUCCCUUCAUACUGCUGCAGAAGGCUUCCUGUACCAGCGCCAUCCUGCUUUCUCCUCCUGUCCUGCAAAAUCCUUCUUGGAGCAAUCAGCCUGUAGGAUUCCCUUUCACUGUGUUGGGAAGUACAGUCUUUUUACAUCAAAAGGAAGGAAGGAGUGUCAGACCACAGACAAAGAUGAGCAGAAGAUUCAUAGGCAUGUCAUAUCCACUUUCUUUUGGUUGAUGGGGAAUAAAAUCAGAGAAUUCGGAGGUUGAAGCUAUUUAUCUUUUACAUGUUAAGAAGGAGGGGUGAUAAGAACUCAACCUGUAUCUCUAUGCCCAUUUUAUCCUCUGUAACUCUUAGCACUCUCUCCUUCCAGAAGGAAGCCUGUUAGGAGUCUCUUAUCUGCAUUUAUCUUGCAAAAUAAAUAUUUAAUAAACAAAGACAAAUACUGUUAAAGGGCAUUCUGAGACAUUAACUUAGUCCCCUAAGCAGUAGAACAAACAAAGCAACUUCAUUAGCAGUAAUAUAGCAUAAUGCCCCAGUGUCUUGCUUUGGGUGGAAAAGCUGGGCUUGUUCAGGUAAGCCAGGAUCUCUGGGGACGAGGAUGGACUAAAUUACAUGCACAAGGAUGGAGGCUCUUCCACAACACAAAAGUGAAUCCCUCCUUCUUGGGGAGUUCAGCUUAGUCCAGUAGUAAAGCCUGUGUGGUCACAGAAAUGACAUACAAAGCUGGGAGAGUCACAGAUUCCCAUUCCUGUUGCAACUCCUAAAGGCAGUCAGAGCAUCCAGAGGAAAAGAUGUGAAUGCUGCUGUCCCGGUGUGGUUGCCUCUGGGGCCCCAUGUUAUUUCUUACACUUUCUGGCUUCUGUGUGAAAACAAAAUCCAGUGAGCAAUAACUUCACAACAGCAGACAGAGGAAGACAGGGUGAAAUGGAGGAUAACAGAAAUGUGGAUUGUAGUGAAAGGGGAAGUGAAGGGAAAAAAAGACCAUAUGGAGGGGAUGAGUCCAGGGGAUAGAAAUCUGAAUUGUGGCCUCUUCCCAGCCCUCCAGAUCUUAGUUCUUUUCAAUGCAAUGUGGGUCCUGAAAAAAAUUAUCUAUGAUAGAGCACAUCUUUAUAUAUAAAGAUUGAUACAUGAAGUACUUGAAAAUUUGUUAUAAUCUGAUAAAAUGUUACAUGUAUUGCAAUAUUUUUCCUGUCUCUUGUAUAUUCUUCCUUGUGAUCUUAAAGCACAUUGCAAGCUUUCCAUUCAUUAAGUUUCCCAGCGUCUUUGUAGGGCAGGCUUAUCUCUGGACUACAGAUAGCAAAAUUUAAACUAAAAGUUCAAAAUGCUAAGCUGAGAAAAUGACCCAUCAUCCAAGGCCCCAGCAAUGCUGGUUAAUUUGAAGCCUGUCCAUCAACACAGUCACCCAUACAGCUGGGUAUGCUGCACAGGAGGGACAGUGACUUGUGCAGAGCCCAUGGAACAGCUGAGCAAGAGGAGGUUCUGCUACCUUGUAUUUUUGCUGGCACCUCUUGGGAAAGCUUCAUCCACUGGCAUGGGGCUGACUCCAGCACAGAUGCAGCCAUGUGAGCAGUCCCCAGAGGGAGUUGUUAAGUGCUUAGGACACAGCCACUCUGGGCUUUGAAGUCUGUGGCUGUGCUCAGGGCAGGUCCCUCAUCACCAGGGCUGCCCAAACGAGCUCUGGCUCCUCCAGCCUUUCUCCAGUCCAUUUCUUCCUGUCAUCUCUGCAUCACUCAGUCCAGAAAUAAAUGCUGCUGCCAGGGAUUGGGCGCCUACAUGUGCUGCCUUGUUGGUGGCAGCCUUGGCCAGUGCUCAUUUUGCUCUUAGCACUAUCACCCUGUGGAGAAAAUAUUGCAGCACUGGUGUAGAGAGGUCUGUCUCCCUCGACACGUGGUGUACCUCCAGCAGAUGAAAAUUCGGUACUUUCAUCACAAGAAAAGGCAAAGCUGGGGAUGGGCAAUUCAGUCUCUUUAGACCUUUCCCCUGUCUGUGUUUCUUUUUCAAGAGUGGUGGUUUCUCCGCCUAUCUUUGCUGCUGGACAGCCCUGUCACAGCCUGUUAAAUCAGCGGCAUCUCUCAGCACUACCCUGGUGCUCCCUCCUGCCAGCAACCUGUGUGUGCCUAAGCUGGGAAAGGACUCAGGGUACUCAUGCCUGUCCUGGGUAUGAGUACCCUCCUGACUAGCUUGGCAAGACUGGGCCAGCAGUGGUGGUUUGGUGGUGACCCCUGUGGACAUUGAGUGGUUGCUUUGUGGUCCUGUUCCUGGGACACUUCAUCUCAGAGACUGCCACCUACAAGAAGGUGCCCUCUUGCCUGACCUAUUCCCUUCAUUGCUAAGCUAUUAAUAGAGAGCAGCAAAGUGGGGCUUGCUGCAAUGUUGCUCCAAGACACAAGAGCUUCCUCCUCCCAGGCAGCUCCUACUGCUGACUCAGGACUUGGGUCAUUUCUGUGCCCAAAGAGAGAAGGCAGGAUUGGGUUUUGAUCUUGGAUGCAGCUGCACUAAGCCAGAAACACUGGUCUGGUAAACCAGAGCUGGCAGAGGCCCUUAGGGCUAUCAAAGCAAUGCAAUUUUAUCAAUAUCAAAUCCUCCUGAAAAUGAAACAUGUUCCCACCCCUGGGAGGAUCCACUGUGGAGCCAAGUAAGUCUGGCUUGGAAAUGUGUACUCAGUUUCGAUCUUAGUCCUCUCCUCUGACUGCUCUGCAGUACACACUCCUGAAAGUGAUUCUUCUCAAUCCCUUGCACUUGUGCUACUGAGUAAGGAGCAGGAGAUGCUGCCAGAGUUCACACUGAGUGCCACAGGGAUCUAAAAUAAAUACUGCCAUAUAAUAGAUUUUUAUCCACUGCCUUGCUGUAAUCCCCAUCUGAAUCCCUUCCAAAUUGCAGUCAGGCAUCUGUUUGUACAAGUCAAACAUUGAUUCAGCUGCUCUCAAAAGGGAUUCAGGAGGUACAGACUGGAGGGAGUGCUAGCCAGGGUGCUGGAACAAUGGGAUUUAUUUGUUAUGAGCUGAAGGGUUAAACUCUUCCCACAGCACCUAGCACCAGAAUAUUUCUCCUUUCCACACAGGAGGAGAAGGUACUCACAUGAGGAGGAGGUAUGCACAGAAAGGAUUAUUGCUGAAGAAGUGAGCCUGGCACCUUGAGCAGCACUUCUGCCCAGCUUGGAAGGGCUUCAGAGGGCAGGAUCACAGUUGCCCAUGGCUGGCUUGUAGGGCCUACAGGCUGGGAGACCUUGCAGUGUUAGAUAGUCAUCUGCUCCUCUGGGGUUGGAGCAAACUGCAGUUUUCUCAGCGUCCCAGAUGGUGUGCAUGUUGAGCUUUGCUUCCUGCGCUGUAUCUGAAGUUUCAAAUAGUCCCCGUUGAAACUCUUGGCAAGGAUUGCUCUUCCAAGAGGUGGUUGGUAUCAGAAGCAUGGCCUGGUGUCCAGCACAUGGGGUUUCUUUAGCUCAUCUCAGCACCUGUGUGAUGGGAAGGACCCCAGAAAAAGUUCUGGUAUCGUGGCCAGUGGCUACCAGCACCACCCUGCUCACACUUUCUGGCUUUCCUAAUGUAUGCAAUGUUUUUUAGGGAUAGAUCUUUCAAGUCCUCACUGUUCUAUUUUUGCUUAAUUUCAUGCCCCCUCUAUGGGCUUCAGCAUUGUGCUUUUCUCUUUGUCCAUCACUUCCCUGGUAUCAGUGGGGUUAAAGCACUAAAGGACUGUCACAGACAUGGAAAACCUUGGUCCUUGGUAUUCCGAGAGUUUCAGGCUCAUACAGGGGAACCAGUGCUCUGGUUCAGGCCAGCUUCUCAUACCAGCCUUCCAGCUUCCAGAACAUCACAUUAAUGCCUACCAGUCAGGAUCAGGACUGUUUUGCUCUACCAGUGGUUACUUCUGCAGUGCUCAGCUCUUGCAGACUUCUAUCCCUAUGCCAUGCUAGACAGCAUGGGAGGAAAUCCAGCAGAGCCAAUUGCAGAUUGAGUAAGCAUAGUUCACCUCCAGAGAUGGGGAGAGGCUGGAAGGAAGUGUUACGGUGGAUUAGAAGUAAUUGCAGUAGAGACCAGUUAUUUGCCUGUGCUUUGUACAGUGCUGAGCCCAGAACUAAGUCUUCAGUGAGUACUUUUACAAAUCCUCUGUCCUUUCUGCUUGAUCUUACAAGGGUUCUGCUGUUGCUGGAUUAGCCAUGCAGCAUCUCCAGCAGGUUAAGAGCUUGCUGGAGGCAAGCUCUCCAUAGUUCUCAAGGUUCAUGCAUGAUUUGUGAGCCCAAAGGUCUUGGGAACCAAACUGAACCAUGCUGAACCAUGCUGUCUUAGGUACUAGUUCUAGGUACUUCAGCUUCCAUUCAGCAGCCAUUGCUGCUGCCUGCAGCAGGGCAAAAACAGAAAUAAGCAGGAGGAAAGGAUGCAAAGUCCACGAGUGACUGCUGAGUGUUGUUUUAGAGGUGGGGGCUAGGUAACUGGCAAUGAUGGUCUGCUGGAGCAGGGGAAAAUUUCCCCUGGCAGUUGAUCACCAGAAGAUGAACCAGAGAAGUUCAGUCUAACCAAAACAGAUCUGAGCAAAAUCUCGAGUUUAACCUAAGAAGAGUAUUAAACUAUCAGUGAAAUGGCUUAAGAGUUUCCGUGUGGGGUAUUUAGGUUCAUUUCCACAGUUGCAGCAACCAAGCAGGAUUAUGGUGUGAGCCAGAGUGGCUGCAGCUUAAGGGCUUGGGCAACCAUGUGUAAGGGAACAAGGGGAUUGCUGGCAGCCUUUGUCUCUUACUUGACUUGGAACUUUGCAGAUCAAGUCAAAAUUCAUUGAGGGAGAGGAAACAAUUUAAUCACCUGAUUCACAGAGAAUCCUCCUGCAACCACACUGGCCACAGACUGAGGUCAUCUCAGGCUGGCGAGGGAGAAGAAUGGGGCUGCCCACUCUCCAGGAGAGUGAGAGCAAGAGGCUUAAGGCUCCUCAGUGCGAGAGAAAGUAACGGAGUGCCCUGCAGCUCACAGCCCUGCUUGAAAAUGAUGGAGGCUGACAGAUCUGGGAUUAAUCUAAAGGUUUCAGCUCUCUGAGCACUGAGUGGAAAUUCGCCUGGAAACCACAGCACAGGAGCUCAACAUGAUGAAAGCACUAACUGGAAGGGGGAGGCAGAGGCAAGUGUGGGUCAGAUAGCUCGCCCCACCUGAUUAUGCACAAAAGCUAAAGCCCUCGUCUCUUGCUCUCUCUGCCAUGUGUCUGGGCAGAGAGGGAAGGUAUUUAGUGCUAAUAAGAGCAUUAAGAAAUAGGCCAGUUUUAUUCUGUACGUUAGGCAGGCUCUGCUGCGGGUGCAACUUUGCAUUGCUAAUUAGAUUCAAAGGCAAAGCUAUACUGUCAGAGCUCAGCACUCCUGAUUGUACCUGCUCCUGCUCUCGGAGGAGCCAGGUCGGGCAGCCUGCACAAAUACUGCAAGCUGUGCUUUUCCCUAUGCAGGUAUUUGGGGGUGCUAUGCUGCUAGUGUGGGAUGCAAAGACAGAAUGGGAGGCUGACUAAGAGCUGGAGCCAAGGUGUGCUCUGCUGGUGCAAACUUGGACUUCUCUUGCUCAUCUUGUCUAGCAGCGUAUAUGCAAGGCUAUAUCUUGCUCUGUCUAUAGCUUUCCUCUGAGACUAGGACACUGACCUAGUCCUGCAUAUGGAAGGCCAGGGUUUAUCUGAUUUCACAUCCAUUAGAACUGCUGCUUUAGCCCAUAAAAUUAUGGGGACACACCAACUUUUUUCCUACUACAGUGCAGUUUGCAAAGAAGGAUGCAUAUGUCCCCCUUGCCCUCAGAGACCAAUAACCUUCAAUUGAAGCUGAUGGAACUCUUUUCUCAGUGCAAGGAAAUCACAAAUUCUGUACAUUCUGUACUACGUGAGUCUCCAAGUAUUAGCAUAGCUGUCACACUUAGCCAUGUCUGCACGUUCUUGCCUUCAUAUCCAAUUCCAAUACAACACUGCCAUCACCCCUGUUGCUCACAUCAAAGGAUUGAAUGCAUCACAGUGCACAGUUUUAACUCCUUUCAGUUUAGCUUGCUCUAUAAAUACAUAACCCACAGUGAGUAGGCAUGUGUAAUAUAUCCCUGUGUAUGGUUCUGCUUAGUGCUGUGGAUGGGGCUGCUGAUCUGAUUAUUUUGAAGUUACUGGGCUACAUCUGCUGUAGGUAUAAAUUGGUACAGCACAGUGGUGUUGUCAGUUUAUGCUAGAUGAAGAUCUGGUCUAUAAUGUUAAUCUAUAAUAGAAACUUGCUUGUGCUCCUGAAAAGAGGAGAUAUUUUCAGUGUAUAACCAAGUUGGCAUUCUUAUCCAAGCUUCUACAUGGUAUAAUUUUAAUUCCAGAAUUAUAAGUGUUAUUAAAUUAUUAAAUAAUGCACCAGUGGAAGGUUAGUUUAAGGUUGUGCUUUUUAUCUAUUUCAAAUGAUAUUGUUGAACUGAAAUCAGCAUGGUGAUAUGUCCCAGCACAAAAACUGGAUAUUGACCAGAGAUGAAUGAACACAGGCACAGUUUCAGACCAACCACCCAAAUCUGAACACGUCCUCUUCUAAGAAAGAAGUUUAGGAGAAAUAAUAUUCAGCUCCAUGAUCCUCAUACCCAGUCAUUAUCACAGACAUUAUGAUGGUCUCUCCCUGCUUAUAUUUUAGAAAAGCUCAAAGCCUGAAUUGCAAUACAGUCGUUGCUAAUUCAGAGUAAGUGGGUUACUCUGCAGCUGGUAUCUGUUUGCCCAUCUGAUGUAUGAAUAGCAAUAGAUUUGGAUUUUUUCUCUAAACAUGGUGUGAUAGUGAGUAUGAGAUCAUUGCCAAUUCUCCAUGAGGAAUUAUGCUUGGUUUGGCUAGAAGAGUGAUGCAGAUUGGCCACCCUAUUAAUGGGUGAAGCACACAGACCUCUACAAGCUGGGGAGUUGUUUUUCCAUGGUCAUCUUCCUCUGUAUUUAGUCUCAGAAACUAUAACAACUUAUAGCAAGUAGAGGAAAUAAGUGCUCCAGUUCUGAGUCCUGUACUAGAUGAAUUUCCAAUAAAUGUAUGCUAAUGCUC